UGUAGACCAUGACCACAUCCUGCAUGAAAGCUGAAUGGGAUGCCUAAUAAGCCAUUGGGAUGAGUGAUCUGUACUGUAUCAUAACAUCAGCACCCCAUAACGUCAAGUCAAGUCAAGCACUUGUAUCUCUGCAUAAAGUUAUAUAUUUUAUGCAUUAUCCACAAUGAACGGCAACUCUCCAACUACCAGAAGAGGUGUAGUCCCAACCAAUAAUAAUAAUGGCCAUGCUACCACCGAUGCCUCUCCAACACUCUAUAGAAAAAACACACGGACUCCUUCUCCCAAACCCAAACAACGACAAUCUUCUCUCUUCAUAAAUAAUUGCAUUUCCAGAAUGAAGAUUCAUCAACCAGUCGAUGCCUGUAUCAACAAUAACAAUAAUGAUCCCACGUCAUCCCGGAUACGACGACUGCUGGAACCCAUGGCCAUGUCACUGGUGACGGUAAUACUCUUGUUCCACUGGCAAUUCUUUACGGAAAAUCCCGCUGCUACUCAAGCGGCGGCUGUAUUGGAUGUUCCACCCGUAUCCUUGCCACUAGUUGUCAAACGACGAUUUCCCCACGAUCCUCCCCCUUACGAUUAUCAUGCCAAGCUACCCAAAGAUACGGCCGUGCCCAUUUUCUUUCAUGUCUAUCUCCCCCACGACUCUAAAAAGAGAGGCAAAGCACUUCGAAUCGUUACCGAACAACUGGAUGCUCUCCAACAGUCAGAAGCACCCCAAUUGACACGGGUCACCAUUUUCUAUCAAACCAUUGGUAAACUGACUUCGUCCCUCAAUUCGGCUGUCAUUCAAGCCUUGUGCAAAGAACGCAAUUUCAAAUGCCGGCAUUUGGGACAGUACGACGAUGGACGCGAAGAAUUGACGCUCCAUCACGUGCAACAAUUUUGUCACGCCGACGCUACCAACAACAACAACAAUGCCCUCGUUACAAAUACAACACGCCGCGUCAUGUACAUUCACAACAAGGGCAGUCAUCACACUUCUGCAAUCAACGAUCGAUGGCGGAAUAAAAUGAUGGCCGCCAUGACACACGAAAAAUGUUUGGCGCCGCCCAUGGAAGUCUGUACGCUCUGUUCUUUGUUUUUGACAGCCGAACGAGGCAUUUUUGUGGCGGGCAAUUUUUGGAUUGCCCGGUGCGAUUAUUUGACGCAAUUAUUGCCACCGUUGCAAUUUGAAGGACACAUGGAACACGUCGUCAAGGAUGCGCUGUAUAUGCAAUUGGAAUCCCGCAUAAAUAUGGGCAUGCACAAACAAUGGCCGCCAUCGUUUGGAACGGGACGAUUUGCCGCCGAAUAUUGGUCCGGCAGUCAUCCUACGGUGAUACCGUGCGAUUUUAGUUUAACCUUUCGACCACAACCCAUUCAUGCCGACAAUACACUUGAUUUUUUGGCGUGGGUCAAUAAUACCAGCCCGAAAGUUGUAGCCAAACCAUUGCGAUGGACCAUGGCACCCAAACAUCCCAUUAAAAUUCCACAAGCGUCCAUUCGCGAAAAUGAACAAGUGCGAUUGUUGGAGUAUUUUCUAUUGCCCGGCAAUAUACUGCGAUGGUAUGCCCUGUACAAUACCGUGCCGGGAGAGUUUUCCUGGGUCUGGGCGUGGUUUCCCGAUGGACGCAAAUGGAGGAAUGCCAUUCGCAAACACGGGAAAAAUGCCGUGGCAGAAAUGACCAAGGGACUCGAAAAGGAGGGAUAUACGUAGAAUGCUUGAUAUGAUUGCUAUGCUUGCAAUCCAUCAUUGCAAUGAUCCAUCCAUCGACAUAGGUAGUUUUGUUUGCAAUGCUUGCAAUGAAUGGAUCGAAUCCAUCUUCAAAGCUACUUUUUGCGACCUAGCUAGUUAUUCUAGCUCUAGACCAGUUGGGCGUUUCUCCUGCAACAGCGACACGUAUCAUAGUAGAAAACGCAGUGUUGACUACUAGCUAGCUACGUAGGUAGAGAAAGUGAUGAUGAAAACUUGGCCUUUGCGGAGCGAAAAUCUGGAUUGUGGAGGCAGCGAGGGUCGAGGGUUGAGGGUUGGGUGAUUGAUUCGAUUCCGUUCCCCCUCCCUCCGAGAUUGUUGGGGUCCGGUGUCCGGUUCGCUCGCUCACGGUAAAACUGAGAAAAAGACUUAUUUUAGAAAUUAAUAAUUGGAGAA